AGUUACUUGCGAACUAUUUCAACAUACAACAACACCCCUCAACAAACUUAAACAAAAUGUUCAAAUCUAUUGCCAUUGUUGCCCUUUUCUGCUUGGCUGCCGCCCAGGCUGGUCUCAUCGAAACCCACCAUGUUGUCCAGGAACCCGUUCUCACUAAAGUCGGUGCCGUUGUCCACAGUGCCCCCUCCGCCGUUUCCCAUCAAAGUUUCACCCGUGUCCACAACAAAGCCGUCGUUGCACCCAUUGUAACACCCGUCGUUAAGACCACUGUCCAUGCUGCCCCCGUCGUUCCUGUGGUCAAGACUGUCGAACAUGUCCCCGUUGUUAAGACCGUCGAACAUGUUCCAGUUGUGAAAACCGUGCAACCUGUUGUCCAUGCCCUUCCUGUUGUGCACUCUGCCCCAGCUACCUUUGUCCACUCUGCUCCCAUUGUCCACACCGCUCCAGUUGUGAAAACCUUUGCUCCAGCUGCCUACACCAUCCAUCAUUAAAGUGGAGAGAAUAUGUUGACCUGUGAUACGAUUUGAAUAUUUUGUUGUUUAAUUUUAUGAAAAAA